AUGUCGAGGAGGCGCCCGAUCGCCACCCCAAAGCUGAGCUGGCGGCAGGACCAGGCGCUGGGCAGCACCAUGCGCAUCGUGCGGGAACUGGGGCCCACCGCUUUCGUCCUGCAGGAGGAGGAGGCGGAGGAGGAGGAAGAGCAGCAGCUCAGGGUUUUCCUGGGGAACCCUCACUCGUGCAGCUGCUCAACGUUUGGGAAAGAGAAGGACCUCUGUAAACAUAUCUGCUGGUUAUUGCUGAAAAAAUUCAAACUUUCAAGAGACCAUGAAUACGCUCUAAAGUUGGGUCUCGCAGAAAGAGAAAUUAACUAUGUGCUUCAGGGCCCUCAAGUCGCUCUCCAACCCAAAGUAACUAUUAAUUGCGCAAAGGAGUUGCAAACGGAUGGUGAUGUCUUCAUUAAACAAAAAGAAAUUGAGAACGAGGAUGUAUGCCCAAUUUGCCAGGAUGUGCUAUUUAGGAAAAUGCUUCCUGUCACCUAUUGCAGGUGUACAGAAUGUCCCGAAUACCACCUCUGCCAUGGUUGUUUUAGAAGCGUUUGCCAUCCCUCGCAUACUUUUGCAUUCCGAGAGAAAAGAAAUCAGAAAUGGAGUUCAGUCGAACAGCUAUUACAGCUGUCAACUCCAGAAGAAAACCUGAAGCACAUUAAUCCAGGAGAGAAUUAUCAUGAAGAAAAAGACCAAGAGAAGUUCAGCUGUAUACCAGAGCACAUAAUAAAAUCACUACCUACUGCGCUGGUUAGAAAGUGUAGCAGUUUACUUGAUCCAGGUGUGCAGUGCAGACUCUGCCUGAAGAUCUUUUGCCUUGGUCAAGUAGCAAAAUUCCUGCCAUGUAAUCAUAAGUUUCACAGGAAAUGCAUCGACCAUUGGUUACAGAAGGAAAAUGGAUGCCCUAUAGACGGACAUGUUGUGUAUAAUCCAUUAACCUGGCAGAAUGCCCCAAGCAAAG